AUGGGUAGAGAAGAACAAACAGAAGAGCGCGAAGUCCUCGACUCCAUCUUCCCCGAAGAAAUCACAGGUCCGCUGUCUUUGCUGUGUCUACACCCACUUCCACCAUGCGCUGACAGCAACANNAACCCAGACAUCUCCGACACCGAAUACCGCGUAUCGAUACAGCUCGAAGUAACCGAAGAUGACGAAUCCGCCGAAACCCCUCCACCCACUCUGAUCCUUUCCGUCUCAUAUCCCGAAGACUACCCAGACGUAGCUCCACGACUAGAUCUCUCGGCCCCGCCAAACGCUCCAAAGCACAAACACCUAGACAUCCAAGAAGACAAGACGCGACUGCUGGAUGGACUCACCGCAACAAUCGAAGAAAACCUGGGUAUGGCUAUGGUUUUUACCCUGGUCACCACUGUAAAGGAUGAAGCCGAGCUCUUGAUCGCCGAACGCCAAAAAGCAGUCCAAGCAGUAAGAGACAUGGAAAUUGCAGAGGCCGAAGCAGAGGAAAACCGCAAGUUCGAAGGUACGAAAGUGACGAUCGAGGUGUAUCUGGAGUGGAGCCGCAAAUUCAAGGAGGAAAUGGCAGAAGCAAAGAAGAGGGCUGAAGAACAGAGAGAGGCUGAGGAAAAGAAGAAGAGAGGUGGCAAGGAAGAGAAGAAGAUGACGGGGAGAGAGCUUUGGGAGAGCGGUAUUGCGACCAGAGCAUUCGUUGACGAGGACGAUGAUGGCGCUGAUGCUCUUGAGGCCAUGAAGAAGCUCAAGGUCGAGGCAUGA